AUGUCUGGCACGCGGAGUCUGUAUCUGGUCUUCGCUAUAGCCGCCAGCUUGUUCGUCUACGCUGCUUGCCAUCAAUGGGGCAGCGCAACGGCAGAGGCUAUCCAAGACAAAUUCGGCCCUCGCCUCUUUGAGCAAACUGCCCAGAAAUACGGCACGGACAAGGUCACCACCCACAAAUACCAGUUCAUGUACGACAAGUACUUGUCCGGUAGUCGGGACGAAGAGGUCAAGGUCCUGGAGAUUGGACUCGGCUGCAACAUGGACUACGGCCCCGGAGCGUCGUAUUACACUUGGCUCGAAUACCUGCCAUUCGUCGAUCUCUACUUCAUCGAAUACGAUGGGCAAUGCGCCCAAAAGUACCAGGACAAAACCGCCAACGCACAUGUGUUUAUCGGCGAUCAAGCAGACGCCGUCUUCCUCACACAGUUCUCCUCCGAAGCAACGGCAAGCGGCUUAUUCGAUGUCAUUAUUGACGACGGCGGACACACAAUGGUGCAGCAAAUCACAUCCCUCGAGUAUCUAUGGAAAACCGUCAAGCCCGGCGGCUUAUACGUCAUUGAGGAUCUGCAGACGAGUUAUUGGGAAACAUUUGGCGGGGACCCCGCUGGCUGGCGGUCGUCGAAGGAGACUACGAUGACUUAUGUGUUUCAACUGAUUGACGAUUUGAUGAUUGGACGGAGCGAGAAGAAGAUAAGCCAUGAAAUACUCUCCAUCGAUUGUAUGGCGGAGAUUUGUGCACUGCGCAAGAAGGACAAUAUGUAA